CAAAAACAGCAUGGGUGCUGCACUGGCCACGUUGGCCCCUUCAAUAGAUGCACCUUCUGGCACACAAAAGCACUGAGGGCUCCCUCGCCUCACCGUGCCUCCUGGACAUUCCCCCUCCUCGUGUUGGUGAGAGUACACUGACAACAACUUCAGCCAUCAUGGAUCCAGUGCCGAUGAAGUCACUGGUUGCAUUAUAAGACUUCUCGGUGACUGAGUGAUGAAGGGAAUCGCCCUGAAGUGACGCCCAGUGGGAGCUCUCUGGCUGGCUCCUCCGUCUGUAUGAAGCCAGUGUACAUGGUGGCAUGUGGCUGGGAUUAGGAAAUUUCACUGUGGAUUAAAAUCUUUCCAGCGCCUCCAUGGCCACUCGCUAAAAGAAAGGAGUUGAGCGGAGCACUCUGGGCCCAUGGUCUCUCUGAGCAGCUCCAGGAUGUUCCAGGUGCUCCAGGGUCACAUGCAGCCAGCUGGACACCGAAGCCGCAAAUCUCGCCUGGUCACCAAAGACGGGCACUGCAACAUCGAGUUUGGCAACAUUGAAUACAGCAACCACUUUGCUUACCUGGUGGACUUCUGGAACACGUUUGUGGAGAUCCGCUGGCGCUUUGUCCUCCUCCUGUUUGUGGCUUCGUUCACAGGUAGCUGGUUCAUUUUCAGCCUGCUGUGGUACUGGAUCGCAAAGAGCAACGGGGAUCUGACGGGGCAGAACCGCACAGAUGGACAUGUUCAGUGUAUAGACAAUGUUAACGGACUCACAACGGCAUUCCUCUACUCCCUGGAGACCCAGACCACCAUUGGGUAUGGAGGCAGGGCGCUGACUGGACACUGUGCCGGCACUGUGGCUCUAAUUAUCAUUCAGUCGCUAAUCGGUGUCUUCAUCAAUUGUUUCAUGUGUGGCGUCAUCUUGGCCAAGAUCUCCUUACCUAAAAAAAGGGCAAAGACUGUCACCUUCAGCGACACAGCUGUCAUCUGCUUGAAGAAAGGAAGUCUGUGUCUCCUGAUCAGAGUGGCCAACCUUCGAAAGACCUUAUUAAUCGGCAGCCAGAUCUAUGGCAAGCUGCUGAAGACAACAACCACACCAGACGGAGACACCAUCAUUCUGGACCAGGUGGACAUUGACUUUACGGUCGAUGCCGGCAAGGAUAACUUGUUUUUUGUUUGCCCUUUGACCCUCUACCACAUGAUUAACAGAUCUAGCCCGUUCUACGAGAUGUCAGCAGACUCUCUUCCCCACCAGGACUUUGAGUUGGUGGUCUUUUUGGACGGGACAGCCGAGUCCACCAGCUCCUCCUGUCAGGUCCGAACCUCCUACAUCCCACAGGAGAUUCAGUGGGGAUACAGUUUCCUGCCCAUCAUCUCCCGCACUAAGACGGGGAGGUACCAUGUGGAUUUCUCAAACUUUUCCAAAAGUGUCCGGGUCACCACACCACACUGCGUCCACUGCUUCGAGACGGACGCAGAUCAGAGAAACCACAACAGCCACAAUCAAGAAAACCACAACAACCAGCAGAAGAUGGGGAUCGACAACUUGGGGUUUCAGGUGAUCGACAUUCACGACUCUGUGGACAUCACUAAAAUGUGAGCAGUUAGGAGCUUGGGUAAUAAAGCGUGAAAAGUCACUUACUUUCAAGCAAAGUUAGACUUUCUUGUCGAGGAGUGAUCAGUGAAGAAAUAUUUGCUUCCUCCACUGAACAUUUGAAUUAAUCUUCGACUUUUCUUUUGCCUCUAACAGCAGAAACAUUCAAAGUGUGGAUAAAAAUUCAGACAUGAGCAAGAGUUAAGCUCUUUGCUCAGCAGCUCAUUACAAUCAAAGCACCUUUGGGACUUGUGACUUUGUCUAGGUAAUGUGUGGAAGAGGGGAAAAAGAGGGAUUGAAGUUUUGACGCAUGGAAAAUGAAAGGGGUAAAAUACUGGAUGGCACAGUGGGUACUUCUUGAGGAGAUUAGGGCCUGAGCCUGUUAUAAUGAAAAACUGUGUGCCAUAAAGACUGUGCAAGGAAAUAAAAAGUAGGACAGGCCUUGUGAGUUUUCUCAUAAUUCUUACUGAAAGACAAACUGUAUGUUGUUUCUUGUCAUGUUGAAACAUCUUGUAUGCCUUGAUAAUUAGGAAUCUGUGGACAUAGCUGCUAAACGAGAUGAUUUAAUUAUGACCAGUCUACAUUUUGUAGAUCAUACUGUCUUAACACUGAAACUUCUUCUCAGGGAAAGUAACAUCCUUUGUAGGAAUAAACCUUUUUUUCACAA